UCUUCGCCUAUGAACCUCGUCGCUCAAAUUUUGCUAUUUAGAACUAACGAAGAAUGUGUGUAAUUUAAAGUUUUUGGGGCAUUGGCAUGGCGGACGGAUAUACCAGCGCAUUUGUUAUGUUGUGGAUGCGAUGACGAUGGCUUGUGUAGAUUUGUCUCAUGAUGCUGCCCUCAAGGUUAAAACAUAUACAUGCAUCAUUGGAGGUUUUAUGAUGGUUAGCUUCAUGAAGUAUGACUGAGAAUGCAUAUACAUAGAUGAAGUAAAGUCUGUUUCAUAUGGAAAAACUUUGAAAAAGAGUUUUAGACGGUAUUCUAAUUUUUGCAAAUGGCUCACGAAAUUCAUCAAGGCAUGAUUCCUCGCGAUGAGUACAUGCUCCCACAUACUGUGCUCAUGGACACAAGUCACAGAGGAGUUGCUGAUCGAGACCUCUCACCUUCAGCCAAUGGUAUAAUGGCUAUUACCUCACUGUCACAGAAAAGACCCUCUUCUUCUGCCUCAGACAUCAGGGAUACCAAAAAACACAGGACAAAGUCUCUUCAUUUCACAUGUACAGUGGUCAAUUGUGGAGAGAAGUUCAGCACUAAUGAGCAGCUAGAAACACAUAUGAAAUUACAUGUAGGGGUCAAGCCUUUUACCUGUGAAGUCUGUGGCAAGGUGUGCCAGACAGAGAGCAAGUUGAAAGCUCACCAAGCAUCACAUGCAUCAGAUGGCAUCAAGCCUGUGUGUGAAAUAUGUGAAAGAAACUUUUCAAGUCGUAGUGCUUUAAACAAACACAAAAAAAUGCUUCAUAAACCUAAGCCCCACAUAUGCCCACAUUGCAACUCAGGAUUUGAAGAACGUAAAUAUAUGAUAAUCCAUGCUAAAAGGGCUCAUGAUGCUGAUGUUCCUCUUGAAGAAAUGCAGUCUACCUCAUCAAUUACCUUUGAUGUCAGUAACUUUGAAGCGACUGCUGGUUCAAAUGAGUGUAAAGAUCUCUAUAAAGGCAACUAUUCAAUGCCUGUUGAAACCAAUACUGUUCAUGAUUCAUCCAUGUCAAAUAGCUCUGCUGAAACCCAGAAAGACCAUACUCUGCCAAAUCAGACUGAUAAUACCUCUUUGGCCAAAAAGGCAGAGCCAAACUCUCAUGCAGUAUGUGCUACAAUAGCAUGUGAAUUAUGCACAUCAACUUUCCCAUCUUUAGCUUACCUGGAGCAACAUAUGGCUGUACAUGUAGGAGAGAAGAAUUUCACAUGCCACGUCUGUGGGAUGAGUUUCAAUGGACGCCUUGAUCUGAAUAGCCAUAUGAGGCUACACACGCCCGAGAAUGACUGUACAAAUUUUGGUACCAAUAACUAUAAUAAUGGAAAUUACAAUCAGUUUCCUACCAACCAAAUGCAUCCAGGGCAAGGUAGAGGUCCACAGCUAUUUUACAGAUAUGCAUGUGCUGUCUGCAGUGAACAAUUUCUAACUCUAGGGAGCCUCAAAAGGCAUCAAGCCAAGGGGCAUAACACAGCUGUUCUUAACAUCUAGCAUAAAGAGGAAGAUAAAAGUGGAGACUUACUAGGAGUUGUAUAUUUUAAUGACAUGAUACAGUUUUUAACAUUAGUAAUAAGCAUGAAGAAAUAUUUAGGAACUACAUGUUCUCUUUUUCUCAUGACACAUACUUAUGCUUUGUUAUUAGCUGAAAAUAUGUUUUCUCCUUGACAAAUGUAAGCAGAAUAUGAAAGACAUUAGACAGGUAUUAGAUCUGGUCUUAAAGUUUAGAAUGAGAUCUCUUUAAAAGUUAUUUGAAAAUGUUAGUGACUUAGAAUAUGCUUGUAUUUCUCCCAAAAGUUAUAAGUGCUGUAUGACUAUUCCUUGUUAACUUUUUUAUAAUAAUAAGUAUAUAGUUUUCAUUAAAAUUUAAUUUAUAUAUUGUAUUAAUUGAACAGCAUGAACAGUCUUGCUUUACAUUAGUGUUUUAUUAGAGAUGAAUUUUAUAAAAAUGCAUGUAAUGAACAAUUUAUAUAGAUUGUAUUUGCAUACUCCAUUUUUAAAAUAUUGUGAAAUUACAUUCCCAUGCAAAAUGCACAUAAAACAAAUUUAAUUUUAAGGAAUCAGUUCCUGUACUUUUAGUAUAUAGAUUUUAGGUAGCUAUAAAGUGAUAUUUUUUUUUUCCAUUUUCAAUGUGAUAUUUAAAAAUUACACAAAAGAAAAAAUGCUUGAGUAAUGUUUCACAAACAAAGGUUUAUCAAUUUGGCAACCAAAUUCAUUUGUAAGGGCUUGAUAGCAGAAAUACAAGAUCAUAAGAAUCACAAUGACUUAUUUAUUAUUGUGUGUCAUUUAGAACAAUCUAUUGAUAGUGAGGUUCAUUCAAAUUAACAUCAGAAAUAAUGACAGACAUUGUGUAAAAUAAGAAUAAAUAGGAAAAUAAAAAUUGUGUUUUCAUUUAUAGAUAAAGUCUUACUAUUCUAAUACAGUAUUUUAAUAAAAAGUCAAAGAACUGAAAUUAUUCUGAAAUAUUACAUAGUAAUUAAUGUUCAUUGUUCUCAAAAAAAAAAGAAAAAAAAAGAAAAAAAUAGAAAAAAUAAAUUGAGUUAUAUUAAAAAUUACCCCCAUUUAUUCAGGAAUGUAGAUGGUUCAUAGUAUCUUAAACACAGUUGUUUAACCCAAUGCCGAUGGCCAUAGCAUGUACGUACAUGCCACAUGCCAUGCCCACUGAGAGUUUACUUGUUUAAUUGUUUUUACACAUAGAUGGCUGCACUUGUACUAAGUCACCAGUGAGCCAAUUACAAGUACUGCCUGUCUUGCCCAUUUACCCUUUUCUUUGAUUUACGAAAAUAUUUUAUGUUAUUUUAUUUUGCUGUUCCUAAUGUUUGUAAAAUUAUAGUAAUUACAAUAUUUAUAAUAAAAAUAACACCAUCUAAGCUCAUAGCUUUAGUAAAAAAUACUGUAUGUUUUUUCUCACAAUUCAAGAAAAGGUGAAA